AUGGCGCAGGGAAACUCAGAGAGAGUGCGCGAGGCGCAAAGCAUCGCUUCCUCUGACCCCAAUAAAGCAGCUCAGAUCUACCAAGAAAUCAUCUCGAAACCGCCGUCUGUGACGUCCGAUGCUGCCGUUCGUGAGUAUGAGACGGCUCUCAUCAGCCUGGGAGAGCUCUACCGGGACCAGAAGAACUCGCAGGAGCUGGUCGAUCUCGUUACCAAGAGCCGCACAGUCCUAUCAUCCUUUGCGAAGGCAAAGACGGCAAAGCUAGUUCGCCAGCUACUCGACCUCUUCGAAGACAUCCCGAACUCCACAGACAUUCAAAUCGCCGUCACGAAAUCAUGUAUAGAGUGGGCGACCUCCGAGCGUCGCGGCUUCCUUCGGCAGAAUCUCGAGACACGCCUUGUCACCCUUUACAUGGCAAAGCAGUCCUACUAUGAUGCGCUUACUCUGAUCAACGGCCUCCUCCGGGAGCUGAAGCGACUUGACGAUAAGCUUGUGUUGGUGGAAGUGCAAUUACUUGAGUCGCGGGUAUACCACGCUCUCGGGAACAUUGCUAAGGCUCGUGCCGCCUUGACCAGCGCAAGGACGAGCGCUGCAUCUGUGUACACGCCUCCCCUGCUUCAGGCAAACCUGGAUAUGCAAUCGGGUAUGCUCCAUGCGGAGGACAAGGACUUCAACACAGCAUACAGUUACUUCAUCGAGGCGCUAGACGGUUACCACACGCAAGACGAGGCACAGAAGGCGACCGCGGCGCUGCAGUACAUGCUGCUGUGCAAGGUCAUGCUAAACCAGGUCGACGACGUGAACAACCUGAUGAGCUCCAAACAGGCACAGAAGUAUGCAGGACAGUCUCUGGAGGCGAUGAAGGCGAUUGCUCGCGCUCACUCCAAUCGAUCUCUUGAAGAGUAUGAAAGAGCUUUGGCGUCAUAUAAGUACGAGCUGGGCAGUGAUGCGUUCAUCCGCAACCAUCUGCGACGCUUGUACGAUGCUAUGUUGGAGCAGAACUUGAUCAAGGUGAUCGAGCCAUUCUCACGUGUUGAGAUCGACCAUAUCGCCAAGAUGGUCGGACUAGACACCCAGCAGGUCGAGCGCAAGCUUUCCCAAAUGAUUCUGGACAAGGUCAUCAUCGGCGUUCUUGACCAAGGCGCUGGCUGUCUGAUCAUCUAUGACGAGACGCAGCGGGACGAGGCGUAUGAUUCCGCGUUGGCAACGAUUGACAAGCUGAGCAAUGUGGUAGAUGUUCUGUACACGAACCAGGCUUCUAUGCUGGAAUAG